UGUAAUUAAAAGAAUAUCAGCAAAGUGAAUAUCUUUACUUAUUUAACGCUGACACUAUAGUCUAGACUCUAGAGCGUCUAACGUGUCGUGUAUUUUCCGGCUAGUUGAAGGAUAUCACCCGAUGGAAGUAGUCGACGAAUUGUAGGUGAGAAAUGAAAACGUCCAGGAAGAAUUAUUUUUCGUUUCUUGGCCCGGAAAUAAUAAAUGAAAAAAAGUGCAAUGGAUAAAAAAAAUGGAAUUUCAAAAUUGGAAGUGUCAGUCGAGAAAAAAGAGAUGCAGGCGAAAGACGAAAGGGAAUUUGUUGUGAGCUAUCGAGGAAAAGUGUACGAGAUUAGUGAUUUUUUGAAAAAACAUCCUGGUGGUAGUAAAAUUUUAAAGCCGUUUGAAGGGACCUCCCUAAAUGAGGUGAUGGAUCAAAUUCCACACUCUGAGGCUGCUCUUCACCUUUUUGAAGAUUUCGUAAAGGAAAAACAGGAUGACUAUGAUAGUAUUGAGAGGCUUGUGGACUGGAAUGCACCAAUAUUAUGGCAAGUAGGCUCUCUAACAGAUAAUUACUGGAAAUGGGUUCAUCUCCCUGUAAAUCGGCCGAUUCGACUUUUUCAAUCGGAUUUCCUGGAAUAUAAUUCCAAUACUCCGUGGUUUAUCAUUCCAAUCGUGUGGAUACCUGUCUCUCUUUAUUUUUUUUAUCAAGGCUACAAAACGGAAAUUUCAGAUAACAUAAUCUGUUCGAUUCCGCAUAUAUUAAUAGCACUUGGCCUUGGACUAUUAUUGUGGACUUUUAUCGAAUAUACUUUACAUAGAAAAUUAUUCCAUUUGAAACCACCCGCAGAUUCGAGAACUCUAAUCACAUUACAUUUCCUUCUACACGGAGUUCAUCACAAGGCUCCUUUUGAUCAUCAAAGGCUAGUUUUUCCUCCUUUGCCAGCUGCUAUUAUCACAUUUAUUUUAUUCAACCUCUACAAAGUGAUUUUUCCACAAAUAAUGAUGCAUUUCGUAAUGGCAGGUGCUAUUCUUGGUUACUUAACUUAUGAUAUGAUACAUUAUUACUUGCAUCAUGGUUCCCCCAAGGCUGAAUCUUACCUUUAUAAGAUGAAAAGGUAUCAUAAUUAUCACCAUUUCUCCCAUCAAGAAAUUGGUUUUGGAAUAAGCACAAAACUCUGGGACCAUGUUUUCGAAACUCUAAUCACCCUUCGAAGGUUAGCGAAGCCCAGUGUAUGGCAGUAAUUAUUUUCUCCACAAUCACUUAAUUUAUUUAUACCGAAUACAGUUUACAACUAUUUUCAUAUAAUGUAAAAAAAAUCGCUGUCAUGUUCAGAGCUUGUACUUCGCAGAAGAUAAACAGAUAUUUUUGUAAUUUCUGAUCUUUACACCAAAAAUACAAGAACACAUAUAUUUUUUACUAUCUCACUCUUAAAUAAAAAGACAUUUUUCUAAUUGUC